GCCAAUAAUCGAAGAGAGAAAGAGAGAGAGAGCAACUAACCGCAACGCAUCGGAGAAAGUUUCGAUCCUCGUCGGCGACAGACAGAUAUUCGACUUCCAGUAAGACCUUUCAAUACCCGUGAUUAAUUUUCGACUGCAAAUCCUUACCAGCGAAGAGUGAGAAAGAGAACAUCAUCAAUUGUUCUUUUGCUUCAUACACCAUAGGUUUUCUGAUUUAUAUUCUGCUUUACCACCAAACAAAAAGAAUAGAAAAUUCGUAUAUUUUGUUAGUUAGUAAAUACAAUAUCUUAGGAUUUCGAAUUGAUUGUUGUAAAUCUGAGGUUUCUGCCUUUCUUUCGGACAAAACAUCUAAACAUAUAUUUAGUUGAUUUUUAGGGUGAGGAUUUUGUGAAUUUGGGUGUUUAGGUUUGAUAUAGUGGUUUCAAUUCUGUGUGUGUGUAUAUAUAUAUAUUUGGGUUUCAUUGGUUGCUUAAGAAGAGUUGUGGUUUUUAUGGCGGCAGGGAGACACGACGUUUCGAGCAAGAGAGAUUUUCGUCACUUUAAGAAAGACAGCCAUAAAUAUAAGAAGGGGGCUUACAAUGACAUAAAAUCAAGUGGAGGUCAUGAUCUUCGGACCACUCAACAUAUAGAAUCAAGGGCUCCUGAACUUUUGCUACAGACAGAACAAUAUUCAACUGCAACUGACAUGUGGGCGGAGGUUCUGAACUUGAACAGCUUGACAAGAUUUUCAGGACUCUCGGCGCACCAAAUGAGACAAUUUGGCCAGGGUUCUCCAAUUUGCCUGAAAUUUCCUGCUGCAACUUUCACAGGAUCUCCCGUUCUUACUGAGUUGGGAUAUGACUUGUUAUGCAAGCUUUUGACUUAUGAUACUGAUAAGCGAAUAACAGCAGAAGCUGCUCUUGAUCAUGGCUAG